UCGCGGAUCGCUGGACCAGCGCUGCGCUAGUCCUAGAGCUGCUGCUGUGUCCCAGUCUUUAUCUUCCUCUCUGUGUCUCUGUGUGUGUGAGAGGGCAGUGCAAUCCUGCUGAAUGCACCAAACUUUCCAUCGCUCCCCAAUCCCUCCACUUUCCCCUUCCCCUUCACACCCCUCCCAAAAAUUGAUGCUUCAUUCUCUUUAAGGACUGAUCUUCCACCCCCCCCCCCUUCCCAUUUCCUCUCUCUGUGUCUGUCUCCUGUGUCAUAGCUUCGCUGCGGAGUGAGUGCAUUCAUCUAGCUGCCUCUCAUCACCACAGCCAUGUGAAGAUGAACAGUAGGCCGAGCAACACCUCCGGGAGCAUCAGCAUGGUUUCCGCGGCGAUGUCGGCUCCGGAGCCCGCCGCCAGCACCACGGCGGACCCCAGCGUCUCGUGGCUGCCCGACUCUCCGAGGGUGCUGGAGGAGCCGAUAUUCCUCAUGACCACAGCGGCACAGGGCAUCUCGGGAUUCUUUGUAUGGACAGCUCUCCUCCUAACAUGCCACCAGAUCUACAUGCACCUGCGAUGUUACAGCACCCCAAAUGAGCAGCGCUACAUCGUUCGAAUCCUCUUCAUUGUCCCCAUCUAUGCUUUCGACUCGUGGCUGAGUCUGUUGUUCUUCACCAACGACCAGUACUAUGUGUAUUUUGACACUGUCCGGGACUGCUAUGAAGCCUUCGUGAUCUACAAUUUCCUCAGCCUGUGUUAUGAGUACCUGGGAGGAGAGAGUGCUAUAAUGUCGGAGAUUCGAGGCAAGUCCAUCGAGUCCAGCUGUAUGUAUGGUACAUGCUGUCUGUGGGGGAAGACAUACUCCAUUGGAUUUCUACGUUUCUGUAAACAGGCCACCCUCCAGUUCUGUGUGGUGAAACCGCUGAUGGCCAUUAUCACCGUCAUCCUCCAGGCCUUUGGCAAGUACAAGGACGGAGACUUCAAUGUUGCCAGCGGCUACCUCUAUGUCACCAUCGUGUACAAUAUCUCAGUCAGCCUUGCCCUCUACGCUCUCUUCCUGUUCUACUUUGCCACGCGGGAACUCCUCAGUCCCUACAGUCCGGUGCUCAAAUUCUUCAUGGUGAAGUCUGUCAUCUUCCUGUCCUUCUGGCAAGGGAUGCUGCUGGCCAUUCUGGAGAAGUGUGGAGCUAUUCCCAAAAUCGACUCGCCAGAGUUCUACGUGGGUGAAGGGACCGUCGCUGCGGGAUACCAGAAUUUCAUCAUUUGCAUUGAGAUGUUCUUCGCGGCCAUUGCACUGCGCUAUGCUUUCACCUACAAAGUUUAUGCAGACAAGCGAAUCGACUCGCAAGUCCUGGCAUAUGGGCCCUACGGUCGCUGCGCACCCAUGAAGAGCAUCUCCAGCAGCCUGAAGGAAACCAUGAACCCACACGACAUCGUCCAGGAUGCCAUCCACAACUUCUCCCCGGCCUACCAGCAGUACACACAACAGUCGACACUGGAGCAUGGCACGCCCUGGCGUAACGGGCACGCUGCCUCACGGACCCACAGCUCCACCAGUAUUCGCGACACUGAGAAGACACUCCUGCUGAGCUCAGACGAUGAGUUCUGAGCUGGUCCUGGGUGGGUGGGGAAUCCAGCUGCGACAGACUUCGAGCAGACCAGUGUUCUCUCCGAAAGGGGGAUGACAGGGUUGGGGUGCGUGGGGGCAGCGACACAGGCUAAGAAAGCGGCCAUGUUAAUUUUGUUUUCUGUCUCCCAGCGGUUUUCCCUGCAAUCAGUGAGCGUUUUAGAACCCACGUUAAACAUAUCCGCUCCCUUCGAAAACCAGCCUCUUUAUUUUCUGGCUUUCUGUUUAUUUCAACCUGUUGUUCUGCAGCCAGUUUCCAGUUAGCGAGACUCUCAAUUGUUGCCUGAGUGAAGCAUAUCAGUUGGUAUAGGCCAACCUGAUUUUGUUCUGUGAUUGUUUGUUUGUGUGUGUGUUUAUUUUUAAAGAAAUAAUGUUUUGAGGGCCUUAAUAUCGAGGAAUGGGUAAUCCGCAGCAGGAUAGGUAACUGGGACAAGGUCCUUGUGAAGGCCAUGGACAUGAGCAGCCUUGGGAUUUUGUGGGGCGCUGUCACAGAGAGAUUAGGAGGCCUGCUUUAUGGAUCAAUGUCUACCUACCAGCCCCCUCCCCCCCCCCCCCACUCCAUCAGCAACUUCCAAUCUGCACUGAUACUUGCAGGAGAUGCUUCCACACCCCAGUAGGAUGGAGACCAACAGAGAUCUGUCACUGGAGUGUAAGAGGGCACCUGUGCUUGUCCAGCCCAUCUCUGGAGCUGAUGCUUCUCGUCAGACUGUCUGUGCCUGGGAUUUGUCAAUAUCUCUGCAACCC